AUGGGCCGCAAACCAAAUGCCUUCACAGCCUUAAUCAUCCAAUAUUUUGAGAGAGGAGCCAAGCUUCCCGACUCGAGUAAUCGAUAUCAGCACACAUGUAAGGCUUGCGGCGAAAAGUUUCCCAAAGGACGCAUCGAUUCUCUCACGGCUCAUUUGGUGAAGAAAUGUCCGGCUCUAUCCAUUCAAGACCGGCAGAAUGCCUUACUCCAACUCAACGAUUUUCCAAAUAUUGAAAAAACACCAAACAUAAGCCAAAAUGUAACCACCAAGCAAAAUCCAAAUGUCGAAUUUCCAUUAGUGAGCAGCAGUUGGACAGCCCUUGAAACCUUAGCCGAAGUGUCCAGACAAUUUGAUAUGAGCGAAAAGCAUGAUGACCGUUCCAUUAACACCCAAGGUCUCGGUACAGGCACUAAGAUCUCUGAGCUUCAAGCUCCUCGAAAGCUGGAGGUCUACGAACAGUAUACUCUUGAUAAUCCGCCGGUCAGCUACGAGCAACGUCCGAAUCGAGAGAAGAAAGUAUCGAACAAAAAGACACACAACCAAGCGAAUGAUGCGUCCAUGCUAAGUCCAGGCCACAUUUCUGUUGAUAAUAUUUCUCACAGUGCCUCAAGCAUGUCAAUGAGCCUCAAUAGUGUCAAUGAUGCAGUUGCCGCGUCAAGAUUCAUGCCAUCUAUGGUCGACCCGCAAUUGUUAGGCCAUCAUAUAAACGAGCAAACAAGCAUUCACAAUGGCAACCCUAGCGAUACAAAUCAUGUAUUUACCCAGCUCAAGACUGUUGAGCAAGCCUUGAAUGAAGCGGGAACAUCAUUCUCCGAGUCUCUCUUUAACCAAGGCUGUGGCGAACAACAAUUAACCUGGCCAAUAGUAGAUGGUUCUGAAGUCGAGGCAUGCCUCAAUGUACAAAAUUUUGGAGGCUCUGUAGAAAGCUCCGAAACAACCAGGGCUGUUAUGUACUCUCGUCUCACCAUGAGUACACCCUUGAUGAAUAAUGAAUACACUGCUGAGUAUAGAAAUGGUCAGAAACUAAAUAGACCCAAGGUUCGAGGUCGAUUCAGCGCAUCGCGUCGAAAAGAGGUUCAAGAAGUAAGAAAAAGAGGUGCAUGCAUUCGUUGUAGAAUGCUCAAAAAACCUUGUUCGGAAGGGACACCAUGCAAUACUUGCAAAAAUGUCGAGAGUGCUCGUCUAUGGAAAACCCCAUGCAUCCGAACUAGGGUUGCCGACGAACUUGAGAUGUACACCGCCGGUCUUCACGCUGUUCUGGCCUAUCACGAAGUUAACAAUGCCAAAGGUCAGAUUGAUUUCCGGCCCUCGAAUUGUCAAAUUUACGCCUCGCACUACCCUGAAACAGCCAUUUUCGCCACUUUUAAUUCUCUUGAAGGUCAUAGUCUUAGUUCCAUUGCGGGACAUAUUGAUCCAAGCCUCAACCAAAGCCUAUGUACAAAUACCUUGCAUAUUCUCGAUCAUGACAAGGAUGAUCUCACUAGUAAACUGGAAGUUUAUGCGAAAAAAAUGUCUAGCAUUUUUUUCAAGAGUGAGCCCUCCAAAUUUAUGCAUACCACCUUAAAUUUUGCCUUGGAGCUUGCAGUAUCGAAGCAGGAUCAUCUUUUACUACGUGCUUUGGAGCUAUGGUCUUUUGUUCAUAUUCUUAUGGAUCAUGAGAUGACGUGGAAACUUAGACAAAAUGACGAAAAUGAAACUCAUAAUGGAAAACACACUGCAAUUGAGCAAAUCACCAUGGAAGGCACUCAAAACCUCAUAUGUUCCCAGCUUAAUGCUGCGGCAGAAAAGAAGGCGGCAAUAUUGUGCAAAAGUGUUCUGAAUGAACUGGAACGCCGAUUGUUGCAAAGGACAGCUGCUGAUUCUUUCGAGACAUUUCUUGUCGUAAUUGUUACUCUCAACUGUAUUGAAAAGUCAACUUGGCUUUUUCAAUCUUGGGAACAAGAGUCCUUUAAAUAUCGAUGGCCUCUCGGUAAAUCUCCGAAUUCUAUCUCUUCUCAGGGCGAAAAGCUCGCUGAUAUGCUCCAAAUGCUUCUACGCAUGCGAAAUGUUCCUCCAAAAACAUAUACCAGACCCGAAGAUGGCAUACUUGCCAGCGAUGCUAGUCCUUUGGCUCAGGAAUAUUACAAAAAGCUCAAUCUAAGCUAUGUUCAUGUUCUGGGGAAGCAGGCUAAUCAUACUUUUGACUCGGCCGAUUCCCGAUGUUUUGAGCUGCGCUACUGCUCACGACUGUUAUUGCCUAUCACUUAG